CCAACUGACGACACACACACACAUAUACACAAACACUAUCGAGCAAAUCAGACGGCUGAGGAAGAGGAUUCACUCGGUGGACCAACACCAUCGGUGUUCCUAGCAUCACUGUACCACAAGCACAAUCUUAGAAGCAUAAAAACAAACAACGAAAAAGAUGGUUUCGCAAAAUUAAAAUCAAGUGGUCAUUCUUCUUUGCCUCUUCACCAACUAUUCUUUCAUAUUUUCCCCUUUUCUUUCUUUCUUUCUUCUUCUUCUUCUACCUUUUUAGGGUUUUUACCCAUCCAUGCUUCGAUCACUCAUCACUUUCUUUUUCUUUCUUGUCCUCUGAUUCCUUUACUUGUUCACAGCUUUUAGCAAGACUUGAUUCUAUCAUGUUUUUCCUAAGUUAAUCAGAACCCAACAAUGAAGGCAUUGCAUAGAGAGGACAUAACAGAAUAUGAACUCUCAUUGUAGUACAAUGAUGGAUGAAAGCGGGCACCGUGAAAACGGUCGGCAAAAGCCGCCACAGGGUCAAUGGUUAAUGCAACAUCAGCCAUCAAUGAAGCAAAUAAUGACAAUCAUGGCGGAACGCGAUGCCGCCAUCCAAGAACGGAAUCUUGCAAUAUCCGAGAAAAAAGCCGCCCUGGCCGAGCGGGACAUGGCACUCCUCCAACGCGAUUCCGCCAUUGCCGAACGGAAUACCGCCAUCAUGGAACGCGACAACGCCAUUACCACUCUCCAAUACAGAGAAAACUCCAUGAACAAUAGCAAUAACAACAAUAAUUCCAAUAAUACCCCCUCACCAUGCCCGCCCGGAUGCCAAAUCUCGCGUUCGGUGAAACACGUCCACCACCCACACGCGUAUCUCCAACACCACGAAAUGGGCGGCGGAAUUGGCGAUUCCAUUCCGACGUCCCCACCGGCACCGGAACCAAAAUCCCGGCGGGUGAAACGUGUAAAGGAGACAAAACCGCCGGCUAAGAAGACAUCAAGAAUGUCCAAAAAGGUGAAAAUGGAAUGUGAUGAUUUAAACAAGGCAAUGUUUGAGGAACCCCAUGAUUGGAAUAAGGGGGGAGAUGAUUCCGGCGGUGGUGGUGGUGGUGGGGUUGAUGAUUUGAACCGUGGGGUGAAGUCGGAAUGGAAAGAUCAAGAUCUUGGGCUGAAUCACGUUGCGUUUGAUGAAUCGACGAUGCCGAUUCCGGUGUGCUCGUGUACGGGAGUUUUUAGACCGUGUUACAAAUGGGGGAAUGGUGGAUGGCAGUCGUCUUGUUGCACCACCACCAUGUCUAUGCAUCCACUCCCAUCGCUUCCUAAUAAAAGACAUGCGCGUGUUGGUGGUAGGAAAAUGAGUGGAAGUGUUUUUAAUAAGUUAAUAAGUCGACUUGCUGCUGAAGGUCAUGAUUUAUCGAAUCCUGUGGAUUUGAAGGAGCAUUGGGCUAAGCAUGGGACAAAUCGGUACAUUACGAUUAAGUAAUAAUAAUGUUUGAUAAAUAAUUAAUUAAUAUCACAACACCUUAUUUUGGUGUGGUUGAAGUUGAAGGUCUAGAUUCAGAAAUGUUGAGAAGAUCAGUUCAUGUAUUUAGGGUUGUAUUAAUGGCUGAUUUCUUCACUUCUGAUGACUACGAUCAAUGAGUAUUGAGUUAUUUAUGAUGUAAGUUAUGUAGACAUUUGUUUUUUUAGAACAAGGACUCACAUAUUUUCUAAA